AUGGUCUUGCAGAUGUCACGGGACAGAAUAAUUUCGGCGAGUGAAGUUGUUUUUGGAGCUCCAGCUCGGUCUACUUGUAUAGAUGACAUCUAUACAGAAAAUCUGACAGACCCAGCAGGUUACAUAGUCCCUUGCACCGAUGAAGCAGGACAAGUACCCCGAUUCCAGAGAGUCCUAUGGAACGUAUUCCCUGAUGUGGAAGCGGAAAGCAUCGACUUCGUAAUCGAACCAGGGACAUUUACCUUCCCCGAAGACGAUGCUCGGGUGCAAAUAGGAACGGGGAACAAAGACGAGUUCGAAAAUGGAGCAACUCCUCAGGGACUAGAAGAGGAAUUCUCCGGUCCAGUCAACCAAACCGGGUCAGUGGAGAUGGAGGUGGUGGGAAAAGCUUCGGCUCGAGUGGAGGAGACGGCAAAUAUGUUAGGAGAGUCUACCUUGAUGGUGAAGGAGACUUUGGUUCGAAUGGAGGAGGCUCGGGCUAUGUUGGAGGAGAUGGAGUUCAUGUUGGAAGUGUCUACGUUGAUGGUGGAGGUGGCUUCGGUUCGAGUGGAGACGGCGACGCUUCGGGUGGAGCAGACGGCGGUGGUGGUGAAGGAGACGGCGAAAGAAGAUGGAAUUGAAACCAUUCUCAGAAUUCGUUGCUUCUGA